UGACGCCUCGCCGCCGUGUUAUUAAGUGUGACCGCUGCAUUGCUGGUGGUGGGAAGCCCGCUGACAGCACCGACAUGGCCCUGGGUGACAGCCCUCACGUGCUGCUAGGGAGGAUUCGCUUCCUGAACAAGUGCAUUGAAUGUUUCCGAAAGAGCGAGCCUGUACCAGAGAGUUUAUGUUAUGUGCCGAACGAGGUAUGUUAUAAAAUCUGCAAAGAUUCAUCGUCCGCCUCUUCCGCAUCAUCCAGCACGUCGGCUGGCACUGCUGGUACUCCCGGAAAGACCGUAGUCUCCGUGUUUGAAGCCCCUACAACGACCAGUAACAAGAAAUUAUGCAAGUACAAUAUUGAACCAAAGAAAGGAACGUGCAUACGGACAACUGGCGAUGAAUACUGCAACAGCCAAGGCCUUUGGGUGAAAUUAAACAAGGAGCAGCUGGAGGAGCACCGGGCGGGCCAGGACCUGGAGGAGGCCUGGAUCCUGGUGUGUAAGCACACGGAGGGCGGCGACCGCCUGGUGCCGGUGGAGUCCCCGGAGACGCUGAGCCGGCACCAGCAGCUGUUCGGCUACGACCACAAGCCCUGCAGCCGCUGGGAGCAGGUGGUGGACGUGGAGAACGCCCUGCACCUCGGCACCAAGCCCAGGGUCGCGGACAGCGACCCGGCCGCAGUCCAGAAGCUCAGGCAUGUGCCGCCCACCUGGACGUACGAGAGCGACGAGGACCUCGUGCACUUCUUCUACGACCACAUCGGCAAGGAGGACGAGAACCUGGGCAGCGUGAAGCAGUGCGUGACCAGCAUCGACGUGUCCUCCUGCUCGGAGGACCCUAGCGGCGGGGCGAGCGGUCUGACGGACGGGGACACGGAGACCUACUGGGAGAGCGACGGCAUGCAGGGCCAGCACUGGAUCCGCCUCCACAUGAAGAGAGGCACCGUGGUGAACAAGCUGAUCCUGACGGUGGACGCCACGGACGACAACUACAUGCCCAAGAGGGUGACGGUGUACGGAGGGGAGGGGGACAACCUGAAGAAGCUGAGUGACGUCACCAUCGACGACAAUCUGAUUGGAGAGGUCUGCGUUCUCGAGGACAUGUCGUCCCACCUGCCGGUCAUUGAGGUCCGGAUAGAGGAGUGCAGGGACGAGGGCAUCGACGUGAGGAUCCGAGGCCUGAAGAUCAAGUCGUCGUGCGAGCGAGACCUGGGCCUGAACGCCGACGUCUUCCAGUCCUCCAACCUGGUGCGCUACCCCCGACUGGAGGGGACGCCCCCUGAGAUCCUCUACCGCAGAGCCCUGGUCAUCCAAAGGUUCAUCUCUCUCCUGGACGCUCUGCUGCCUCAUCUGGUGCCGGCCUGGGACUACAGCCUGGGCACCUUCAGCCACCUCAAGAGCAUCAAGCAGUUCCUGCUGCUGUCCAAGCGGCGCUCGGCCCUCAUCACGCAGUGCCUGAAGGACUCGGAGACCAGCAAGCCCAACUUCAUGCCGCGCCUCUACAUCAACCGCCGGCUGGCCAUGGAACACCGGGACAAUCCCUCGCUGGAGCCCAGCUGCAAGAACGCCCUGUUCACCCAGGUCUACGAGGGUUUAAAGCCGUCCGAUAAAUUCGAGAAGACUUUGGAUUACAGGUGGCCCGCCAGGUACGAUCAGUGGUGGGAGUGCAAGUUCAUCGCAGAGGGCAUCAUCGACCAGGGCGGCGGCUUCAGAGACAGCCUGGCUGACAUGUCUGAGGAGCUGUGCCCCAGCUCGGGGGAAUGCCCCAUGCCUCUGCCCUUCUUCACACGCACGUCCAACCAGGGCAGCGGCGAGGCCCGGGACUACUACGUACCAAACCCGUCCUGCAAGGAGUUCCACAAGUUUGAGUGGAUCGGCCAGCUGAUGGGCGGGGCCCUCAGAGGAAAAGACUUCCUGGUGCUGGCUCUACCUGGGCUGGUGUGGAAGCAGCUGGGCGGAGAGGACGUGAGCUGGAGUAAAGACUUCCCCGCGGUGGACUCUGUUCUGGUCAAGCUGCUGGAGGCCAUGGAGAGCAUGGACCAGGCCACCUUUGAGUUCAAGUUCGGGGAGGAGCUGGUGUACACCACGCUGCUGAGCGACGGCCAGACGGUGGAGCUCAUCCCGGGCGGCAGCAGCGUGGCCGUCCGCUACGAGGACCGCUCUGCCUUCAUCCGGCUGGUGCAGAAGGCCCGCCUGGACGAGAGCCGGCCGCAGAUCGCCGCCAUGCAGGCGGGGCUGCUGAAGGUGGUGCCCCAGGCCGUGCUGGACCUGCUCACCUGGCAGGAAGUGGAGAAGAAGGUGUGUGGAGACCCAGAGAUCACCGUGGAGGCCAUCAAACGACUCACCCACUAUGAGGACCUGGAGCAGACGGACGUCAGGGUGCAGUACCUGUGGGAGGCCCUGCAGAACUUCACCAACGAGGACCGCAGCAGGUUCCUGAGGUUUGUGACCGGGAGAAGCCGGCUCCCCGCUCCCAUCUACAUCUUUCCUGACAAACUCGGGUCUGAAACGACAGACGCCCUUCCACAGUCUUCCACGUGCUCCAGCACCCUCUAUUUACCCAACUACCCGAGUGCAAAGGUUUGCGAGGAGAAACUGCGCUAUGCUGCGUACAACUGUGUGGCUAUCGACACGGACAUGAGCCCCUGGGAAGAGUGAUCGCCCAUCCUCGUGGCUGUAUAGGGGAACCCAUAUUCACACACACUCGCAGAGAAUCACUUGCCAAAAUUACCACCAUAUCUACAUUUUUGCCAAUUAUUCAUGACUGUGUAUAUAAUAAAGUAUGGCCUCAAAAUAUGAA